AUGAUUAAGGAUUUUCCUUUAGAAGUACUCCACCGGAUAUUCUGUUAUCUCGAUAACCGUGACACAUGGUCAGAUAUAUAUAAUCGACUGAUUACAGAACAAAUCCCUCUUGAUUCAGACGAAAACGAGCCCAUAUGGCAAUCACAUAGGUCAUCCUAUCGCGAUUUAUACCAUUGUGCACUGGUUAACCGCCAGUGGUGUCAGCGUGCAAUGCCAAUACUGUGGAAUAGACCGUUUUUCCAUUACGAUACAGUAGACUCUGCAAUGCCCAAUGUUUUAAGAACGUACGUCUCGUUCUUAACAGACGCCGAUAAUUCCCUCCUCCGUGAAAACGACCUAGACGUUCCGUAUGCUAUUCGGCGGCCAAUGUUUGAUUAUCCAUCGUUUGUCAAACAUCUUAAUCUCUGGGAGUUAAUAAUGGCGUGCGAAAGCUGGCGUAAUUGGGGAAAUAAAUUAGCGCUAGUGGUGAGGAUCAUGCUGGGACUGUUUAAAAGAAGAGGAAUUGAAUUGACAUCGUUGUUAUUGCCAUUGGACAUUUGGUAUGAGGAAAAACAUGAAGAAGCAAUUUGUGUCAUCGUCGAGGAUGAAUUCACGGAGAUGAUUGCUCCGAUUAGAUAUUUAGAGAUGUCGAAGCUGACUAAUAUAGGGAAGCUGGCAUGUGGACUGGCACAAACAUGUUAUAAUUUGGAACAUAUAAAUCUAUCAGACCUCAAAGGCUCGUACAGCUCGCGAUAUGUCAACCAAUUAAUCAAAUCCCAGAAACAGCUUAUAUCAUUUUAUAUGAUCAAUGGUGCCUCACGUGUCGAGUCGUCUCUCUUUAAUCAGGCAAAGUCUCUACGUGAUGUGCGCUUACAUAGUACCGACUUCCAGGAUUCAGACGCAUGGCAUAGUUUGGCAACAUUGACAAUGCUGGAACGAUUGGAUAUAGUCGACUGCGAGAACAUAACAGUGCUUAUGGUUGAGCCAUUGUUGAACGAGACAUUGCCUUAUUUGAAGCAGGUCAAUGUAACAGGAGGGAGAACGCCCAAAUGUAGAGAAUUGGAAGAAUGGGCAAGGAGAAUGUGCGUAUGA